AUGAGCGUUAAUUCAUUCGAAAUUUUACCUAACGAUAUUCUUUAUGAAAUUUUUGCUUAUUUGUCUUCAUUUUAUAUUCUUCAAUCAUUGUUUUUAUUGACUAAACGUUUAUCAAGAAUUAUAUCAAAUGAAUAUUUAUGGAACAUUCAUAUUGGUGAUAGAACAAUGUCAUUAUUGAUGUUUAAUGCUCAAUGUCAAAAUAUCUUAAAAUUAAUAGGUAGUCGGGUUGUCUCAUUACGUUUAACAUUAAUUGAUAUUAUUGGUGGAUGGUCACUCGUUUCAUCUUAUCUUCAGUAUCAUCAGAUAUCAUUACUUCAACGUUUACAUCUGAUUGGCAUCGAACCACAUGAAUUUGAUAAAUUAUUGCGUAAUCACGUAAUAAGACACUUACAUACUUUAUUAGUUGAUGUGACAUCAUCUAGUUUGUUUAAAUGUCUUCAAGUUGAAGGAGUUUAUUUAGCUAAGGUGUGUUCAAGAAUGCGUCUUCUAAAAAUUCGUCGACUUUCUUUUGAUCAUAAUUAUAAGAAUGUUAAUCAAAUAGAAAAUGGUUCAUUAGAAUAUCAAAUAACUUUACCGAAUUUAUUAAAUACAAAUCAUCUUUGUACAUUGACUAUUGGUAUACAUACGUCACAUUUUCUCGAGCGUUUACUAUUAUGUAUACCAUUCAUUGAGAAUCUUUCUUUCAGUAUAAAAGAUCGAGAUAGUGAUGAGUAUAAUACACAUGAUACAAUCUUAUUACCUACUAGUAUUGAUGCUCAUCAUCUUCGAUAUCUAUCUCGUCUAUGUAUUAACUGUAUGAAUAGCAUAAGUUUUCAUCGAAUUAUUGCACUUUUAUCAUCUGUCUUCGGUCAACUUUGUCGUUUGUCAUUAAAAUUAGAAGCAUUUACAUCAAUAGCUGAUCCAUUGAUUAUAUCAGGUGACAUUAUUCAACAAUUGUGUAUUGAUCGUCUUCAACCAACGGCAACUUAUUCUUAA